UUCUUUUUCGCAACGGGUUUGCCGCCAGAACACAGGUGUCGUGAAAACCACCGCUCAACCUAAACCAAAAUGGGAAAGGAAAAGACUCACAUCAACAUCGUCGUCAUUGGACACGUAGAUUCGGGCAAGUCUACCACUACUGGUCAUCUGAUCUACAAAUGUGGUGGGAUCGACAAAAGAACUAUCGAAAAAUUUGAGAAGGAGGCUGCUGAGAUGGGAAAGGGCUCCUUCAAGUAUGCCUGGGUCUUGGAUAAACUGAAAGCUGAACGUGAACGUGGUAUCACCAUUGAUAUCUCCCUGUGGAAAUUCGAGACCAGCAAGUAUUAUGUGACCAUCAUUGAUGCCCCAGGACACAGAGACUUUAUCAAAAACAUGAUUACAGGCACAUCUCAGGCUGACUGUGCUGUCCUGAUUGUUGCUGCUGGUGUCGGUGAAUUUGAAGCCGGUAUCUCCAAGAAUGGGCAGACCCGUGAGCAUGCCCUUCUGGCUUACACCCUGGGCGUAAAACAACUAAUUGUUGGUGUUAACAAGAUGGAUUCCACUGAGCCACCCUACAGCCAGAAGAGAUACGAGGAAAUCGUUAAGGAAGUCAGCACCUACAUUAAGAAAAUUGGCUACAACCCCGACACAGUAGCAUUUGUGCCAAUUUCUGGUUGGAACGGUGACAACAUGCUGGAGCCAAGUGCUAACAUGCCUUGGUUCAAGGGUUGGAAAGUCACCCGUAAAGAUGGGAAUGCCAGUGGAACCACACUGCUUGAAGCUCUGGAUUGCAUUCUGCCACCAACUCGUCCAACUGACAAGCCCUUGCGUCUGCCUCUCCAGGACGUCUACAAAAUUGGUGGUAUUGGUACUGUCCCUGUGGGCCGAGUCGAGACUGGUGUUCUUAAACCUGGCAUGGUGGUCACCUUUGCUCCAGUCAAUGUUACAACUGAAGUAAAGUCCGUUGAAAUGCACCAUGAAGCUUUGAGUGAGGCUCUUCCUGGGGACAAUGUGGGCUUCAAUGUGAAGAACGUAUCUGUCAAAGAUGUUCGUCGUGGCAAUGUGGCUGGUGACAGCAAAAAUGACCCACCAAUGGAAGCAGCUGGCUUCACAGCUCAGGUGAUUAUCCUGAACCAUCCAGGCCAAAUCAGUGCUGGAUAUGCCCCUGUGCUGGAUUGUCACACAGCUCACAUUGCUUGCAAGUUUGCUGAGCUGAAGGAGAAGAUAGAUCGUCGUUCUGGAAAAAAGCUGGAAGAUGGUCCCAAGUUCUUGAAAUCUGGUGAUGCUGCCAUUGUUGAUAUGGUUCCUGGCAAGCCUAUGUGUGUUGAGAGCUUCUCUGACUAUCCUCCUCUGGGCCGUUUUGCUGUUCGUGACAUGAGACAGACGGUUGCUGUGGGUGUCAUCAAAGCAGUGGACAAGAAAGCAGCUGGAGCUGGCAAGGUCACCAAGUCUGCCCAGAAAGCUCAGAAGGCUAAAUGAAUAUUAUCCCCAAUACCUGCCACCCCAGUCUUAAUCAGUGGUGGAAGAACGGUCUCAGAACUGUUUGUGUCAAUUGGCCAUUUAAGUUUAAUAGUAAAAGACUGGUUAAUGAUAACAAUGCAUCGUAAAACCUUCAGAAGGAAAGGAGAAUGUUUUGUGGACCAUUUGUUUUUUUGUGUGUGUGUGUGGCAGUUUUAAGUUAUUAGUUUUUAAAAUCAGUACUUUUUAAUGGAAACAACUUGACCAAAAAUCUGUCACAGAAUUUUGAGACCCAUUAAAACAAAAGUUUAAUGAGAAACCUGUGUCUUCUUUUGGUCAACACUGUAACCUUGUAUAGUACUAUUCAGGUAAAAGUAAGUGUUGUGCAGACCCUGUUUCUAAUGUUAAAAUAACGCUGGAACUUAAGUUUGGGUUAACGUUUUUUUCAUGGGUGGAAACUUGAACAUUUUUACCUUGUCUAAGGGAAAAAAGCUAUGGGGAAAAGGGGUCUGUUGGUGCAACACAGAACAGAUAAGCAAAGAGUAACACCACAAGAUAGUUACAAAACAGGUUAAAUUCUGUAAUACCAAAGUCUGUUGCAUAUAAGACUUUUAUUAUAUCCCAUGGGGUAAACUUGAUAUAUUGUCACACUUAGUUUCCCAGUUACUGGAAUGCUUUGUUACAUAAAUACGUAGUUUAAAGUACCCUAAAACAGGCAUUCAAUAAUGUUUUACUUAAUGGUAGAGUUAAUUGUAUCUAGGUUGUAGGAGAAGAAAGUCUACUGGAAGUUUACGGUCACUUAAGAACUAGAAAUCCACUUCCCGAUAGGAAUUUUCAUCUUUAAAGAGCAAGGUUGGGUGAAGAGUCAUCAUCAUGCACUGGAGAUUAUUAACCAAAGUUUGAAGAGGUGCAAUGGGAAAUGAUGAGAGGAUCCAUUUUGGAGUGGAGUGCAGGGUAAGCUUUGUUUUUAGUUUGGAAAGGUUUUGGAGGUCUUGAUUAAGUGUCACUCCAAAAACUAACAAUAGGGAAUAUUGAAAGAUGACAGUUGAACAGGAUGAAAAGCGAGCUCUUUAAAAAUUAAUUUUAGAACUUAAAAGAAUUCAGUGUUUGGUAAAUCAACAGUAUUUGGGCGUCAACCAUCUAAUUCUUGGCUCUGGAUAGCUGGCAAAUAUCUCGAAACACUGGUGCAUUUGAUAAUCUUGACCAUUUGAACAUUAAUUCCCUGAAUAGGCUUUUGCUUACGAAAGAAGUUUAUCAGGCAAAAGUAACAGGAUGUGUCCUAUUUUAUAAGGUGAACAGUGCUAAGGGAAAUAUCCAUAGGUGAGAAAGGACUGCAGUUGAAAAAGUUUUCUCAUUUAGUUCUAAGUUAGGUAAAAUGGUCAUAACGGUACUACCAGGGGCACUGAUGAGGUCUGUAAAACUAAUAAAAGAUUUUGUCCACAA